AUGUCUGUGCGAGAAACGCAGCGUCGUCUGUCGGCAGCGAUGGCCUCAAGCACAAGGUCUGCGAAUUGGAGAACCGCUUUGUUACUCUUUUCUGAAGCCGAAAACGCAGAUCUCGUGUGUUACACUGCAGCUGUGGCUGCUUGCACCUCUGGAUCUCAGUGGCAAGGAGUACUUCAGCUCAUGGCAGCGAUGUAUCUCGCAAGAAUUCAAACAGACACAAUUUGCUUCAACUCAGCAAUCAAUGCUUGCAGCAAAGCGUUUCGAUGGGAAGACGCUCUCCAACUCUUAAAACACAUGGCAACACAGAAGGUUCGGGCCAACUGCAUAAGCUAUAGCAGCUGUAUGAGCUCCUGCGAAUGGCGCGUCACUUUUCGUUUACUUGACGAGAUGACAACAGCGUUGAUACCUCCGAACGAUUUCAUUUUCAACACAGUCAUGGCGUCCUGCCAGAGAUCUUCUGAAUGGGCGAGGGCGAUGGAGGUGAUGGAUAUCACCAGGGGGAUGAGCAGUUAUAAUGUGUGUCCGGAUAGUUUCACUUACAGCAUUGCAAUUAAUGCAUGCCAAGAUGCGAGCCAGUGGCAGCAGGCAAUUUCACUUUGGCACGAGAUGACCAGCAACAACAUAGAAGUGAACGUAGUUUGCAACAACGCAGCAAUUAGUGCACUUGGGGAGGGUGGAGACUGGCGCCUGGUGCUUGCGCAACUCAACGAGAUGCGGACCAUCCUUAGGCCAGACUAUGUGAGUUGUGGUGCGGCCAUGGGGGCAUGUGUCAAAGUUCGUGAAUGGCUUCAGUCCAAUGCCUUGUUGGGCUCUAUGAAGUUUUGUUCGCUCUCUACGGAUAUCUCCAACUUCAACAUCGCCGUGAGUGGUUCCAAAUGGCGGCCAGCGUUACAACUUCUUGGUUGUGAAGAGCGGGGCCUCAAACCAAAUGGAAGAACCAUUUCAAAUGCUAUACAAGUCUUAGCCGACAGCAGCUGCUGGAAAGACUCUUUUGAAUUAAUUGACAGAAUGCGUGUCAGGCAAGUUGCUGACAAUGAGAUCACUUGCAGUGCUACCCUCAGUGCAUGUGAGAAGAGUCAAAAAUGGCUCAUAUCCCUGGCUUUCCUUCGAUGGAUGACUCAGCAUAAUGUGAAGCCCAAUGAAGUCUCAUACAACUCAGUGGUGACAGCUUCGGAGAAGAAAAACCAGUGGCAGCAUGCUUUGUCGCUCUUGUUGGAUGCAGAAGUUUGCUUGGAAAUACAAGCCACGUCCACACAAGCUGCCUGGCGUCGGGCCCGAAGACGACGCCUUGGUGCAGAGCCAGGCGGCGAGCUCGGCGAUCUGCCGGAGCUGACGAAGUUGUCACUUCAGGAACUCAGUACAUUGGCGUGGUCACUGGCAUCGUCCUUGCCGAAAGAGUUUUGGCGGCUUCUCCUUGCCGAAGUUGUCUCCAGACUUCGGAAUGGAGAGGAAAAAUUAGUGCCACUGCGUGCUUUGGCCAAUCUGGCCUGGGCUGCGUCUGUCCAAGGCACCUGGCCUUUCGAGGGACGCGGGACUGAGGGGACGACCGAAGUCUUACCCUUUUUCUAUCGAAGUCUUCAACACGAACUGACGCGUCGAAGUCAGCUCUUCGAAGGAUUCGAAAGAUUUGAACGCGCCGAUUCGUCUGUCUCGGCAUUGGGCUUCUCAAGCAAUGCCUUGGAGAUUCUGUGGGCAUCAACCUUCGUUGAUUUGGCGUUGCCCACCAAGCAGCUCUCUCCGAUUUGGCACGCCUUGAUGCGUUGCAGCAAAGCAAUGUGUACGACACCUUCGACUGCAUUGCCACAGAUAGCUCCGAUGACUCCUUCAGUUCCCAUUUCUGCUCUGUGCAGAGAGCUGACAUGUGAACCACGGGUUGUCUUGCAACUUUCAGAUCGAUUUCUGGUCUUUAAACCAUCGGGUUGGCAGGUGGAUGAGUCUGGGGAAGCAUCUGCCUUGCCUCUGUCUUCCUACAUUUCCAGCUUCAAAAGGCAUCCAAUUUUCAGUGAUGAAGCUCACCAAAGAGGCUUUCUGCAUCGUUUGGAUGUUCCGAGUUCCGGCCUGAUACUGGUGGCGUCGACUUACGAGGCCUACUAUGACCUGCAGUUUCAGCUGUCACUGGGUAUGAUCACCCGAGAUUAUACCAGUCUUUGCCAUGGAUGGUUUGCUGGGGACCGCGAUGUGAGAGCAUCCGUUGCCUGGUCUGACUCUGGAGUUCAGCAGGAUACACCAAGCGUCGUGUCUCAAAGCUCCGCCGCUCGAAGCAAUGCUCGAAGUCACGUCAAACUCUUGGGACAUUUGGGACAUUUGGGACAUUCAGUGAGGCGGUUGGCAUGGCUGCUGCAAUGCGCUUGCCUGGGACCUGAGGUCGCCAAAGCGGUGUUGAAGCCCAUCGAGCGAUGCAGCCCUGGAUCGAUGGCCCAAGGCGGAACGAAAGCGACGAUUGUUGGUGUGGACGAAGACGGCAAGCAAGGCAUCGGUUGUUUGCCAAAGAAAAGUUCGGCAGAGCAGUUCUCGACCUAUGGUCAGAUCACAGACCUGUAUUUGAGGAAUGGCAGUGAGUACCUUGGCAGCCUCGUGGGUUUUCGUAAGAUUUUGUGGAGCCAAGUUUUCUACCAUGGAAAUCGACAUCGCUUGACAUGGUCCAUGGCUCCGCUUCCCGUGAAGCCUGUGAAGGUUUCAGUUCCUUCGGCCCAACGUGGAGAGCCGAUCCCAGUUCUCAUACCAGUUUUCAUUUUCCUCAUGAUGGUAUUCCUGAGGGCGUGGCGCCGACGCCGGGCCGGACAGGGAAACGGAAGAGCGCCGGGCACGCUGCUGACAUCGUUGCGUGUGAAGCGUGAAGCGCAUGGAAAGAAGGUCGCCAAAGCGGUGUUGAAGCCUAUCGAGCAGGCCAUGCAGCCCUGGAUCGGUGGCCCAAGGAGCUGUGAAUUUGACUACAACAUCUUCACGGUAGGUGGGAGGAUCACCGAUGUUUGCGGAACGAAAGCGACGAUUGUUGGUGUGGACGAAGACGGAGACCUUCCUGUCUUCACCGACGAUGGGAAGAUGAUGAUUUUCUACGCCAAGAACUGUCGGAAGGCUCUCAGUGUCGGAGACCGGGUCUUCAACACCUGGAGACGAGAAGUGGCGGAAGUCAUUCGCUUCGACCAUAUGGAUGACCCGGUGGUGGUGAAGCCUAACCAACUCCGAAGCGUUUGGCCCCGCUGUGUGACCGAACGGCUUCCCAGCAUUGGUGACCGGGUCCACCAUGCAUGCGAAACCAUUGGAACCGUGGAAGGUUUCGAUGAGGAUGGUGACUUCCAAGUGAAGAUGUCCAAUGGCACGCCUGCCGUAUGGUAUGCGCACAAAUGCAAGCAAGGCAUCGGUUGUUUGCCAAAGAAAAGUUCGGCAGAGGAGAAUGGCAGUGAGUACCUUGGCAGCCUCGUGGGUUUUCGUAAGAUUUUGUGGAGCCAAGUUUUCUACCAUGGAAAUCGACAUCGCUUGACAUGGUCCAUGGCUCCGCUUCCCGUGAAGCCUGUGAAGGUUUCAGUUCCUUCGGCCCAACGUGGAGAGCUGAUCCCAGUUCUCCUACCAGUUUUCAUUUUCCUGAUGAUGGUAUUCCUGAGGGCGUGGCGCCGACGCCGGGCCGCACAGGGAAACGGAAGAGCGCGGGGCACGCUGCUGACAUCGUUGCGUUUGGAGCCCCAGUGGUGUUUCGGUGUGAAGCGUGAAGCGCAUGGAAAGAAGGUCGCCAAAGCGGUGUUGAAGCCUAUCGAGCAGGCCAUGCAGCCCUGGAUCCGUGGCCCAAGGAGCCGUGAAUUUGACUACAACAUCUUCACGGUAGGCGGAACGAAAGCGACGAUUGUUGGUGUGGACGAAGACGGAGACCUUCCUGUCUUCACCGACAUUUUCUACGCCAAGAACUGUCGGAAGGCUCUCAGUGUCGGAGACCGGGUCUUCAACACCUGGAGACAAGAAGUGGCGGAAGUCAUUCGCUUCGACCAUAUGGGUGUGACCGAACGGCUUCCCAGCAUUGGUGACCGGGUCCACCAUGCAUGUGAAACCAUUGGAACCGUGGAAGGUUUCGAUGAGGAUGGCAACUGGUCCAAAUUCAUACGAUUCAGACAGCGACUGAAAUGUUGCAUGUCUGAAAUCAGCAUCAUAGUGAACUCCCAGGGAGCAUAUCUCUUCCUGGGCUACCUAGCUCUCAAUGUGACAUGCAGUUUCACGGAUCCUGUGAACGUCGCAACAAUCAAUCACAACUUCUCAAGGUGCAAUCUCUUUGACGAAUUUCAGCGCAAGCAAGGCAUCGGUUGUUUGCCAAAGAAAAGUUCGGCAGAGGAGUUGCUUGAAGAGCUGCCAUGA